AUGGUCCUAGUUAACCCCUACGAUGCCAGUAACAUAAGACAAGUUGGGAUUUUGCUCUUGGAGAGUGAAUGCUGGUAUCACCAGUCAUGUGACUGGUUGGCUCUCUUCCAGUGUCUCAGGGAUCUAGACUCGUUCCCCCUGGAUGCCACUGCUUUCACCUAUAGUUUUGGAGUUCUUCACAGCAGGGAUAGGCUGGGCUCCCGGCAGUAUGCACUGGUCAUCGGCCUUCCUCAGUUACCUGAACUACGAGUGGCACAUGGCUGCCAUGUGUGGCCUGCUCUCCCUGAGGAGCUGGGUGUAGUGGAGGAGCAUUAUAACACAGGACAGGGAACUAUUUCCGGGACAGGUGGGGAAACUGGGCCGCAGAUGGGGAAGCAGCUGGCCGGGGCUGGCCCAGGUGGCUGUUCCUUUGAUGAACACUACAGCAACUGUGGUUAUAGCGUGGCCCUGGGGACCAAUGGGUUUACCUGGGAGCAGAUUAACACAUGGGAGAAACCAAUGCUGGACCCCGCGGUGCCCACAGGAUCCUUCAUGAUGGUGAACAGCUCUGGGAGGGCCUCUGGCCAGAAGGCCCACCUUCUCCUGCCGACCCUGAAGGAGAAUGACACCCACUGUAUCGAUUUCCAUUACUACUUCUCCAGCCGUGAUAGGUCCAGCCCAGGAGCCUUGAAUGUCUAUGUGAAGGUGAACGGCGGCCCCCAGGGGAACCCUGUCUGGAACGUGUCUGGGGUCGUCACCGAGGGCUGGGUGAAGGCAGAGCUUGCCAUCAGCACCUUCUGGCCACAUUUCUACCAGGUGAUAUUUGAAUCCGUCUCUUUGAAGGGUCAUCCUGGCUACAUCGCUGUGGACGAGGUCCGGGUCCUUGCUCAUCCAUGCAGAAAAGCACCUCACUUUCUGCGGCUCCAGAAUGUCGAGGUGAAUGUGGGGCAGAAUGCCACGUUUCAGUGCAUCGCUGGUGGGAAGUGGUCUCAGCAUGACAAACUUUGGCUCCAGCAAUGGAAUGGCAGGGACACGGCCCUCAUGGUCACCCGGGUGGUCAACCACAGACGCUUCUCAGCCACGGUCAGUGUGGCGGACACUGCCCAGCGGAGCGUGAGCAAGUACCGCUGUGUGAUCCGUUCUGACGGCGGCUCUGGUGUGUCCAACUACGCUGAGCUGAUUGUGAAAGAGCCUCCCACACCCAUCGCCCCCCCAGAGCUGCUGGCCGUAGGGGCCACAUACCUGUGGAUCAAACCAAAUGCCAACUCUAUCAUUGGGGAUGGCCCCAUCAUCCUGAAGGAGGUGGAGUACCGCACCACCACGGGCACCUGGGCCGAGACCCACAUAGUUGACUCUCCCAACUAUAAGCUAUGGCAUCUGGACCCUGAUGUGGAGUAUGAGAUCCGGGUGCUGCUCACACGACCGGGGGAGGGAGGCACGGGACCACCAGGGCCUCCGCUCACCACCAGAACCAAGUGUGCAGACCCUGUGCACGGCCCGCAGAACGUGGAGAUUGUGGACAUCCGCGCCCGGCAGCUGACCCUGCAGUGGGAACCCUUUGGCUAUGCGGUGACCCGCUGUCACAGCUACAACCUCACGGUGCAGUACCAGUACGUGUUCAACCAGCAGCAGUACGAGGCCGAAGAGGUCAUCCAGACCUCGUCCCACUAUACCCUGCGAGGCCUGCGCCCCUUCAUGACCAUCCGGCUGCGGCUCCUGCUGUCCAACCCCGAGGGCCGGGUGGAGAGUGAGGAGCUGGUGGUGCAAACAGAGGAGGACGUUCCAGGAGCUGUUCCCCUAGAAUCUAUCCAAGGAGGGCCCUUUGAGGAGAAGAUCUACAUCCAGUGGAAACCUCCCAAUGAGACCAACGGGGUCAUCACACUGUAUGAGAUCAACUACAAGGCUGUUGGCUCGCUAGACCCGAGUGCCGACCUCUCCAGCCAGCGGGGGAAAGUGUUCAAGCUCCGGAAUGAAACCCACCACCUCUUUGUGGGUCUGUACCCGGGGACCACCUACUCCUUCACCAUCAAGGCCAGCACAGCAAAAGGCUUUGGGCCCCCUGUCACCACUAGGAUUGCCACCAAAAUUUCAGCUCCAUCGAUGCCGGAAUAUGACACAGACACCCCGCUGAAUGAAACGGACACGACCAUCACGGUGAUGCUGAAGCCUGCUCAGUCACGGGGAGCCCCUGUCAGUGUUUAUCAGCUGGUUGUCAAGGAGGAGCGACUUCAAAAAUCACGGAGGGCAGCUGAUAUCAUUGAGUGCUUUUCGGUGCCUGUGAGCUAUAGGAAUGCCUCCAGCCUUGAUUCUCUACACUACUUUGCUGCUGAAUUGAAGCCUGCCAACCUGCCUGUUACCCAGCCAUUUACAGUGGGUGACAACAAGACAUACAAUGGAUACUGGAACCCUCCUCUUUCCCCUCUGAAAAGCUACAGCAUCUAUUUCCAGGCACUCAGCAAAGCCAAUGGAGAGACCAAAAUCAACUGUGUUCGCCUGGCUACAAAAGCACCAAUGGGCAGCGCCCAGGUGACCCCGGGGACUCCACUCUGCCUCCUCACCACAGGUGCCUCCACUCAGAAUUCUAACACCGUGGAGCCAGAGAAGCAGGUAGACAACACCGUGAAGAUGGCCGGUGUGAUCGCUGGCCUCCUCAUGUUCAUCAUCAUUCUCCUGGGCGUCAUGCUCACCAUCAAAAGGAGAAGAAAUGCUUAUUCCUACUCCUAUUACUUGUCCCAAAGGAAGCUGGCCAAGAAGCAGAAGGAGACACAGAGUGGAGCCCAGAGGGAGAUGGGGCCUGUGGCCUCAGCCGACAAACCCACCACCAAGCUCAGCACCAGUCACAACGAUGAAGGCUUCUCCUCUAGCUCUCAGGAUGUUAAUGGAUUCACAGAUGGCAGCCGUGGGGAGCUGUCCCAGCCCACCCUCACGAUCCAGACUCACCCCUACCGGGCCUGCGACCCUGUGGAGAUGAGCUAUCCCCGGGACCAGUUCCAGCCUGCCAUCCGGGUGGCGGACCUGCUGCAGCACAUCACCCAGAUGAAGAGAGGCCAGGGCUAUGGGUUCAAGGAGGAAUAUGAGGCCUUGCCAGAGGGGCAGACAGCGUCAUGGGACACAGCCAAAGAGGAUGAAAACCGCAAUAAGAAUCGAUAUGGAAACAUCAUAUCCUACCCCACAGGGACUGGGCAGCAGCUGUCCACCACAGGAACGAGCUUGAAAACUCCCCCUUAUGGGGGCUACCUCCUCGGCCAUCUCACUGUCCCUUCCUCACUGCUGCCCCUGCUCCUUUACAAACUAUGUGCCCUGGAACCCUCUUCUCACAUCCACUUCUGGGCAAACCGAGAGGAGGCAGAGGGAAUUCAGACACCUAACGAUACCACCUUGACGGGCUGGAACAAGCCUGAAUCUCAAGGGUCAGUAAUUCUACAGUAUACUGUGGCCGGAGUGGGUCUGCGCUCAAUACAAAAGGAGACAGUAUCAGGCAACCAGUGCAUUCAAAAGCCCUGGAAGACAUACCGGGGAACCGAGCAAAGAAAGAGUCCUGGAAUUGAAACGAGAAAGGUGGGAGCUAGUUCUAAGGAGAUGGCAAGGAACAGUGCAGUGCUUGAGGCUAAAUACUCCCAAGGAGAAGCUGCCAGAACCCCCAGAAAGAGAGAGGACCUGGCCGGAGGCGUGGCCCUCAGGGGCAUUGCAGCCAGCCCCAGGACCCAUUCCUGGCCUUCUCCUGUUCAACCCCUGCAGGCUUCAUUUCUCAGUCUCUUUGCCGGCUGGCCUCCAGCUGGGUUUGACCAAGGCCGUGCACUGCUCCCCCCCACCCCCGAGAGGCCCACGGGCUCUAGCUUCCAUGGUGGGGCUGUAGCCCCCAGCUUGGGUAACCUCGCCUCCUCUCUCCGUGCUGCCAUCCCUACGGAGGCAGUGUCUCCUUGCUGGUGCCGAUCUCUGAGUUACCACCGCCUCUAUUUGCCCUGUCAGCUCUUCCAUCACCAGGAUGGAGACCCGCAUUCCGACUACAUCAACGCCAACUACAUUGAUGGAUACCAUCGACCUCGGCACUACAUUGCAACUCAGGGUCCAAUGCAGGAGACCGUCAAGGACUUUUGGAGAAUGAUCUGGCAGGAGAACUCGGCCAGCAUCGUCAUGGUCACAAACCUCGUGGAAGUGGGCCGGCGCCCAGCGGAACACACUGUGGGAAAUGCCACUGUAGGCCGCGCGGCGUCCCCCGGAAUGGUCAAGUGUGUGCGAUACUGGCCGGAUGACACGGAGGUCUACGGAGACAUUAAAGUCACCCUGAUUGAAACAGAACCCCUGGCAGAAUACGUCAUACGUACCUUCACAGUCCAGAAGAAAGGCUACCACGAGAUCCGGGAACUCCGCCUCUUCCACUUCACCAGCUGGCCUGACCACGGCGUCCCCUGCUAUGCCACCGGCCUCCUGGGCUUUGUGCGCCAAGUGAAGUUCCUCAACCCCCCCGAGGCGGGGCCCAUAGUGGUCCACUGCAGCGCUGGGGCUGGGAGGACCGGCUGCUUCAUCGCUAUCGACACCAUGCUCGAUAUGGCCGAGAACGAAGGGGUAGUGGACAUCUUCAACUGUGUGCGUGAGCUCCGGGCCCAGAGGGUCAACCUGGUACAGACAGAGGAGCAGUACGUGUUUGUGCACGAUGCCAUCCUGGAAGCAUGCCUCUGCGGCAAUACCGCCAUCCCCGUGUGUGAGUUCCGCUCUCUCUACUACAACAUCAGCAGGCUGGACCCCCAGACCAACUCCAGCCAAAUCAAAGACGAAUUUCAGACCCUCAACAUCGUGACUCCCCGCGUCCGGCCCGAGGACUGCAGCAUCGGGCUCCUGCCCCGGAACCACGAUAAGAACCGGAGCAUGGAUGUCCUGCCUCUGGACCGCUGCCUGCCCUUCCUUAUCUCGGUGGAUGGGGAACCCAGCAACUACGUCAAUGCCGCACUGAUGGACAGCCACAAGCAGCCCGCCGCCUUCGUGGUCACCCAACACCCUCUACCCAACACCGUGGCAGACUUCUGGAGGCUGGUGUUCGAUUAUAACUGCUCCUCCGUGGUGAUGCUGAAUGAGAUGGACACUGCCCAGCUCUGUAUGCAGUACUGGCCUGAGAAGACCUCUGGAUGCUAUGGGCCCAUCCAGGUGGAGUUCGUGUCUGCAGACAUCGAUGAGGACAUCAUCCACAGAAUAUUCCGCAUCUGUAACAUGGCUCGGCCUCAGGAUGGGUACCGCAUAGUCCAGCACCUCCAGUACAUUGGCUGGCCUGCCUACCGCGACACGCCCCCCUCCAAGCGCUCUCUGCUCAAAGUGGUCCGCCGGCUGGAGAAGUGGCAGGAGCAGUAUGACGGGAGGGAGGGCCGCACCGUGGUCCACUGCCUAAAUGGGGGCGGCCGCAGCGGAACCUUCUGUGCCAUCUGCAGCGUGUGUGAGAUGAUCCAACAGCAAAACAUCAUUGAUGUGUUCCACAUUGUGAAAACACUACGUAACAACAAGUCCAACAUGGUGGAGACCCUGGAACAGUAUAAAUUUGUAUACGAGGUGGCACUGGAAUAUUUAAGCUCCUUUUAG